GUGUAUAAUAAGAACAUGACAACGUAUAUAUUAAGUGUCGUUUAAAGUUUCAGCAUUAUUUAAUUUGCAUGGCACAUUAUUGUUAUAGGUCUGUAGCUACAAAAUUUGGUGUAGGAAUGGCAACUGCCUUUCGAGCAUUACGGCGAGUAACCUAUGCUCUACAUUGUGUUUCACCUCGUUUCAUUAGAUGGCCGAGAGACCAGGAUGCUCUAAAUGUGAUGGAACAAUUUCAACAAUCACGUGGCUUUCCCAACGUAAUUGGCGCUAUCGAUGGCACACAUGUCAAAAUUCGAGCUCCCGUUGAAGAUGCAAACUCUUAUAUUAAUAGAAAAGGGUUUCACUCCAUCAAUGUUCAAGUUGUAUGUGAUUAUCGGGGUGUAUUUACACAUUGCUAUGCUGGGCAGGUGGGAUCUGUCCACGAUGCUAGAGUAUUCCGCAACUCACCGGUGGCUCGAUUUCUUGAAUUGUCUGAGGAAUACUUUCCGAAUAAUUCCCAUAUCAUUGGAGAUGCUGCCUAUGGUAUUCAUCCCCAUGUAAUGGUGCCAUUUCGAGAUAACGGACAUCUCACACUUCGGCAAAAAAAUUUUAAUUUUUGUUUGUCAUCAACGAGAAUGGCAGUCGAAAGAGCGAUAGGGCAAUUGAAAAUUCGUUUUCGAAUAUUGUUAGAUUGUUUGCCAUUAACAGAUAUAAAAAAAAUCCCAGAAUUUAUUAUUGCAUGCUGCGUACUACAUAACAUUUGUAUACUUCAAAAUGAUGAAAUGCUUAUUGGUGUAUAUGGACAUAAUGAUCAAAUAAAUCCGGUUGUAUAUGGAAAUGUGGUAAAUUUAGGGAAUGAAAAAAGAAAUAGAAUUAUGAAUGCUUUGCCAAUGAGAAUGUAAUAGAAAG